AUGUAUGAGCCAACCGCCUCUAGGGGAAGAUUUGAUUUGGUCCUCCGGAACGCCAUUGAUUUCGAAAGUGUUACAAAUUUCCAUAAAUUUUGCUGUGACUAUCGGAAUCCUUACUCUAUUUUUCAUGAAAUUGGCAGUGCUAGCUUCUUAAGGAGAAUGAUGAUGGAGAAACAAAUUCUCUCCGAACUUCAGGACAGUCCUCACGUGGUGCAUUGUUACGGAGAUGAGAUUACUCAAAUGGGUGAUGGAAAUCAGCUUGAAAGGACAAUCAGAAUAUCACCCGGUGGCCGGCUAUCGGAUUCAGACGUAAAAUGUUAUGCAAGGGACGUUCUUGAAGGACUCGCAUAUGUUCAUUCACGAGGAUACAUUCACUGCGAUAUUAAACCGGAUAAUAUCUUGCUUGUUCCCGCUGGUGAAGGGAAAAGGGGUAGAAAGUUUGUAGCAAAACUUGCAGAUUUUGGAUUGGCGAAGGUUGCUGAUGGAUUGGCUGAUUCUGAGCUGAGAGGAACUUAUAUGUUCAUGUCUCCGGAGCUUGUGGAGAGUAAAGUAGUUGACUUUCCGGCCGAUAUUUGGGCUUUCGGGUGCACUCUGGUGGAGAUGAUGACUGGAAAAUCAGCAUGGGACUAUUCUGAUGUUGAGGAUCUUUUGUAUGUGAUUGGAGAAUCUGAUGAAUUGCCUAAUCUUCCAAGUAGUAUUUGUGAAUCGGAGGAUGCUACUGAUUUCUUCGGUCGGUGUUUGUGUCGUAAUGCUGGUUUUAGAUGGUCUGCUGAGAUGCUGCUAGACCACCCAUUUUUAUCUAUAUGA